UUCCCCAAACAGGAAAAACCAAACAGAAGUACAGCAAGAGACGGAGACAAAGAUAUAGAAGAGACAGUAAGAACAGGAGUUAGAUUUAGAGUAAGAGUUUGGAUUGAAAAAUGGCAAACCCUAGAAGGAAUUCACUUUCAUCAAACACCCAAAACUCUGAUUCUAAUUCUUUCAACGUUCAUAACUUGUCUCGUCUUUCCUUUCUCAUUACCUUUUUGAAGAGACCUCAGGCUUUCCCUCUUCUUCUCUCAAUCUUUGUUUUCAUCACAUGGAUUUCUCUUAGAUUGCAACACUCUGACUUUUCCAAAUCCCAGAAGAAUUGGAGCUCCAUAGAGGAUGAUGAUGUGAAGGCUAAUUUGGUCAGGUUUAAUUCUCAUUUCCCUUCUCCGAUUUCCAAAGACAAGCGUGGCUGGCUGUUUAACCCCGUGUCUCUUGCCCUUGACUCUGGUGUUAAAGGUGGAGCAGUUAAUUGUGUUUCUCAACAUCUCGGUGAGAUUCGUCCAGGUGCUAUGAGGGGAAAUCACAGACAUUAUUCUGUGAAUGAGACAUUCAUUAUUUGGGGAGCUAAAACAAAAUUCAGGCUGGAGAAUAACCAGAUGGAUGAUAAAGGUUAUGCUGAGGUGAUAGUUGGUGCAGACGAGGUUGCUGUUGCGGCUAGCCCAAGUGGAACAGCCCAUGCUUUAGUAAAUGUCGAUCCCGUUCUUAGUACAUUCUUUAUAGGGUGCCAAGAUGGCGUGAUAAACAAUAAUAAUUCAACUUCUGAUUAUAAUGUUUGGAAAGAUCUCUAAUUGUUACUUUAUUUCUCGCAUAUGUGAGCUAGUUUUUUCAGUAUUUAACUAUAAUACUAGGGUCUUGCGAGAUUAAGAUGGUAUAAUGAGGUUAGUACCUACAGCAUAUUUGUACAUAAACUAGAAUUGCCAUUUUUAUGGCUUUUAAUUUACAGGAACCAUUCUUUUACUUUGAGAGCCGCCAAGUAACUAUC